ACGGUUGUGGCCACACCGACGCACAUUUUCCGAAUAAAUCAUUUGUCUGUUCUUGCGGCGGCGGGGCCGAACACGCUUAUUUAUUUUUAAUUUCCUCAACAAGUUUUACCCAGCACUUAUCCAGUGAAACAACUAGGUAACCGUUUCAAGGGAGCAUCCGCUCGGUUAGGAAAUCUCGGACUGAGCAGCUUGUGGAAGCCAGUAUUUGCCACGGCCUCCUUACAUGCUUUGAAGAUCGUUGCGUCUUCCUGUAACUACCAGUGUGCGCGGAAUCCCACUCAAGGAACGUCUUGGUCCAGCGAUGCAAAGAACUGAAGUUUCAAGCUGGAAGAGACUGUAUUGUCCUCAUUACAGUAUAGAAGAAUUCAAGAUAGGAGAGAGAGGCAGCAGCGAAUGAAGACUGUAAAAGAAAAGAAGAAGGAACGUCAAAUAUUGAGAAAAUCUGCCAAGACAAGGAGGGUAACCCAGAGGAAGCCUUCUUCAGGGCCUGUUUGCCGGCUAUGUCUUCGAGAACCUGGGGAUCCUGAAAAAUUAGGGGAAUUUCUUCAGAAAGACAAUCUCAGUGUGCAUUAUUUCUGUCUUAUUCUAUCUAGCAAGCUGCCUCAGAGGGGCGAGUCCAACAGAGGUUUCCAUGGAUUCCUGCCUGAAGACAUCAAAAAGGAGGCAGCCCGGGCCUCUAAGAAGAUCUGCUUUGUGUGCAAGAAAAAGGGAGCUGCCAUCAACUGCCAGAAGGAUCAAUGCAUCAGAAACUUCCAUCUUCCUUGUGGCCAAGAAAGGGGUUGCCUUUCACAAUUUUUUGGAGAGUACAAAUCAUUUUGUGGGAAACACCGCCCAACACAGGACAUCCAACGGGGGAAUGUGGGGGAGGAAAGCUGUGUCUUGUGUUGUGAAGACUUAUCCCAAGCAAGUGUUGAAAACAUCCAGAGUCCAUGCUGUAGCCAAACUAUCUACCACCGCAAGUGCAUACAGAAAUAUGCCCACACAUCAGCAAAGCAUUUCUUCAAAUGUCCACAGUGCAACAAUCGAGAAGAGUUUCCUCAAGAAAUGCUAAGAAUGGGAAUUCAUAUUCCAGACAGAGAUGCUGCCUGGGAACUCGAGCCCGGGGCUUUCUCGGAGUUGUAUCAGCGCUAUCAGCACUGUGAUGCCCCCGUCUGUCUGUAUGAACAAGGCAGAGACAGCUUUGAGGACGAAGGGAGGUGGCGCCUCAUUCUGUGUGCUACAUGUGGAUCCCGUGGAACCCAUAGGGACUGCUCCUCUCUCAGAUCCAACUAUAAGAAAUGGGAGUGCGAGGAGUGUGCGCCUGCUGCUGAAGCCACAGACUACACACCUGAAAACUCAGGUGAGAUCCCCUGUUGCAGUAACACCUUCCACUCCAGGGGGCAUUUCUGCAGAGACACCGGCCUCGAACAGAAUCCGGGCCCUUCUUGGACUGAUUGGCCAGGAUCUUCCUUAUUAGAAAACCCAGAGUCCUCUGGUGGCAGGAGGAGGGGCCAUUCCUGGCGAUCCAAGGGUGUCAAAAUCACUAAGAGCUGCAAAAAUCCAAGUAACAGUUUCUGAGUGGUCGCUGCGAAGCAUAUUUGGGUACAAAGCUGUGCUCCUCCAUCAGGUUUGGGGGAGGGAGCACUUUGGGACUGUGAGACUAGGGAAGGGGGCCAGCAGUGAGACUCUGAACCAAGGAAAGAGAAGUCCCAGGGGAACAUGAGUCAGAGCAGUCUUGAUGCCAACCACGGAACACAUUUGUGGAUUUGAGAGCGCCUCUGAUCUUUCUGCCCGAUUCCCAGAGGGCCUUUUCUACUCUUCCUGUUCCACCAAGAUUCUUCCACCUAGAUCUGGUUCUCAUAUACCUCUUCUUACUUCACCCACGUUUGUUAUUAUGCAAAUAAAGGUUUUCUCUCCA